AUGGCUCAGGAGCAGAACACACAAACCCUACUCGAUUUCCUCGCAAACAAUGGCCGGGAAGUUGGUCAUCUGCGGGAUAUGACCUCGACCUACAGAGAACGACAGCUUGCCUUCCGCGGGAUCCUGAGACACGCUGAGCAGGAAAUCCGGGAUUUGCGCCCUGCAUUGAAUGGAGACAACCAUGGGGACGCCUUGGUUGCGAUCGCCAGGUUCCAUUCCAUAGAAGACAUGGCUUCUGAAGCUCUGACAAUCGUCGACACCAUGCUUAGGUGGUUGGGUGAGCUUGUGGCUUUAUUGGCGGAAAUCCACACAAAUCCCCAGCUAGCAGGAGGCUUCCAGCGCACGUUCAUCCUGGCUCGAGAGAUCAAGUACAUACAUGUUCGUCUGGGCCCCUAUGUCAGCGCGUCGCUCCAAGUCCUCAGACAAGAUCUUCAAACUUGA